AUGCUCUCAAGCCUCUUUGGCAACAGUGAAGGCAGCCCCAGGGCAAAACCCCGUGUGCCAGAAGCUAAGACAGAAAUGACCAGCAACUUGCAGAUUUCCCAGUCCACUGAUGGGAAAAUGAGAGGAGGAGUAGGCUGUGGCGGCGGAAGCGGCGGAGGAGGUUGCGGCGGCAACGGCAACGGUGGCAGCAGCGGUCCCUUCUCCUUAGCCGGCUUUCUCUUCGGCAACAUCAACGAGGCCGGGCAACUGGAGGGGGACAGUGUCCUGGAUAAGGAGUCUAAGAAGCACUUGGCAGGCCUUGGAGCUUUGGGUCUUGGCAAUCUGAUCACUGAAAUCACUGCAAGUGAGGAUGAAGUGUCUGGAACUGAUGGUGUCUUGGUGGACGAAGAAGGUUGGGUUAAGAGCACUGAAGAUGCUGUAGACUAUUCUGAUAUUACUGAAGUGGCAGAAGAUGAAAGCCGAAGAUACCAUCAGGCUAUGAGUAGCUUGCAGCCAUCCUGUCCCUCAGAUGAUGAUGAUGACUAUGAUGCUGACUGUGAAGACAUUGAUUCUAAGCUCAUGCCCCCUCCACCUCCCCCACCUGGACCUAUGAGGAAGGAUGAUGGCCAGGAUCCUGCUGUAUGUGCAGUAUCAGAGGAUGGAGAUGGCAUCAUUCUGCCCUCCAUCAUUGCCCCUUCGUCUGCAGCCUCAGAGAAGGUUGAAUUUAGUAGCUCUUCUGACUCAGAAUCUGAGAUGGGCCCACAGGAAACAAGACAGACUGAGACUAAGGAGGGCAAACUCACUCUCCCUCUGGCUGGGAUCAUGCAGCGUGACUCCACAAAAGUAUUACCUAGUGUCACAGAACUUUUUCCUGAGUUUCGGCCUGGCAAGGUAUUGCGCUUCCUUCGCCUCUUUGGCCCAGGAAAGAGUUCCAUCUGUUUGGCGGAGUGCUCGGAGAAAGAGGAAGAAGAAGCACCGAGAGCGGCACCAGAAGAACCCCAGGAGGGCGAAUGCUCUGGGGACCCUGACUUGGAGAGAAAAUCACCAUGGGCCUAUGAAUACGCUCCCCCACCCCCUCCAGAGCAGUGUCUGUCAGAUGACGAGAUCACGAUGAUGGCUCCUGUGGAGUCCAAGUUUUCCCAGUCAUCUGGAGACAUAGACAAAGUUACAGACACCAAGCCAAAGGUAGCUGAAUGGCGUUACGGGCCUGCCCGGUUGUGGUAUGACAUGUUGGGUGUCCCUGAAGAUGGCAGCGGGUUUGACUAUGGCUUCAAACUUAAAAGUGCACAAGAUGAGCCGUCCACAAAACCAGGGAUGGUGGAAAAGGAUCUGGGGGCGUUGGAGGAGGCAGGGGAUCUUCUGGCCGAUGAGAACUUCCUGAUGGUGACCCAACUACACUGGGAGGAUGACAUCAUCUGGGAUGGAGAAGACAUCAAACAUAAAGGCACUAAGCCCCAGAGAGCCAGUCUUGCUGGCUGGCUUCCCUCCAGCAUGACCAGGAAUGCCAUGGCCUACAAUGCUCAGCAAGGUUUUACCUCUACUCUGGAUGAUGACAAACCUUGGUAUUCUAUCUUCCCAAUCGACAACGAGGAGCUGGUAUAUGGCCGUUGGGAAGACAACAUCAUCUGGGAUGCCUUAGCUAUGCCUCGGCUCUUGGAGCCACCUGUCCUGACUUUGGAUCCAAAUGACGAGAAUCUUAUCCUGGAAAUACCUGAUGAAAAGGAAGAGAUGACAUCAAAUUCCCCCUCAAAGGAGAAUAAGAAAGAAUCUUCUUUAAAGAAGAGUCGAAUCCUUUUGGGGAAAACAGGUGUUAUUAAGGAAGAGCCACAGCAGAACAUGUCCCAGCCAGAGGUGAAGGACCCUUGGAACCUGUCCAAUGAUGAGUUUUACUACCCUAAGCAGCAGGGCCUUCGUGGCACCUUUGGAGGGAACAUUAUACAGCAUUCGAUCCCUGCGGUGGAGCUCCGACAGCCCUUCUUCCCCACCCACAUGGGCCCCAUCAAACUCCGGCAGUUCCACCGCCCACCUCUGAAGAAGUACUCCUUCGGGGCCCUAUCCCAGCCGGGUCCCCAUGCCGUCCAGCCCUUGCUGAAACACAUCAAGAAGAAAGCCAAAAUGAGAGAACAAGAGCGCCAGGCCUCUGGGGGUGGGGAGAUGUUUUUUAUGCGCACACCCCAAGACCUGACAGGCAAAGAUGGAGAUCUGAUUCUUGCGGAGUAUAGCGAAGAGAACGGUCCCUUAAUGAUGCAGGUCGGCAUGGCAACCAAGAUAAAAAACUACUAUAAACGGAAACCUGGGAAAGACCCUGGUGCCCCAGAUUGUAAGUAUGGAGAAACGGUUUAUUGCCACACAUCUCCUUUCCUGGGCUCUCUCCACCCUGGCCAGCUUUUGCAGGCAUUUGAGAACAACCUUUUCCGUGCUCCAAUUUAUCUUCAUAAGAUGCCAGAGACAGACUUCCUGAUUAUUCGGACACGACAGGGUUAUUAUAUUCGGGAGCUGGUUGACAUCUUUGUCGUUGGCCAGCAGUGCCCCUUGUUUGAAGUUCCUGGGCCCAACUCCAAACGGGCAAACACCCACAUUAGAGACUUCCUGCAGGUUUUCAUUUAUCGCUUAUUUUGGAAGAGUAGAGACCGUCCACGCAGGAUCCGUAUGGAGGAUAUCAAGAAAGCCUUUCCUUCUCACUCAGAAAGUAGUAUCCGAAAGAGAUUAAAGCUCUGUGCUGACUUCAAGCGCACAGGGAUGGACUCAAACUGGUGGGUGCUGAAAACCGAUUUCCGUUUACCAACUGAGGAAGAAAUCAGGGCUAUGGUGUCUCCAGAGCAGUGCUGUGCUUAUUAUAGCAUGAUAGCGGCGGAGCAGAGAUUGAAGGAUGCUGGCUAUGGGGAGAAGUCCUUCUUUGCUCCUGAAGAAGAAAAUGAGGAAGAUUUCCAGAUGAAGAUUGAUGAUGAGGUGCGUACUGCCCCCUGGAACACUACAAGGGCCUUCAUUGCAGCCAUGAAGGGCAAGUGCCUUCUGGAAGUGACUGGGGUGGCAGAUCCUACAGGGUGUGGGGAAGGCUUCUCCUAUGUGAAGAUUCCAAACAAACCAACCCAACAGAAGGAUGAUAAGGAACCCCAGCCAGUGAAGAAGACAGUCACGGGAACCGAUGCAGAUCUCCGUCGCCUCUCUCUAAAAAAUGCCAAGCAACUUCUCCGUAAAUUUGGUGUGCCGGAGGAAGAGAUCAAGAAGCUCUCUCGGUGGGAAGUGAUCGAUGUUGUACGCACCAUGUCGACUGAACAGGCUCGCUCCGGAGAGGGGCCCAUGAGUAAAUUUGCCCGGGGGUCAAGGUUUUCGGUGGCUGAACAUCAGGAACGUUACAAAGAAGAAUGUCAACGGAUCUUCGACUUGCAGAACAAAGUUUUGUCAUCGACUGAAAUUCUGUCAACUGACACUGACAGCAGCUCUGCCGAGGAUAGCGACUUUGAAGAAAUGGGAAAGAACAUUGAGAAUAUGCUACAGAACAAGAAAACCAGUUCUCAGCUAUCGAGAGAGCGGGAGGAGCAGGAGCGGAAGGAAUUACAGCGAAUGCUACUGGGUGAGGAAGGUGCCAAUGACAAGGAAACGGGCAAGAAAGAGAAGAAGGACAAAAAGGGACUGUUGAGCUCUGGAGGCUCUCACAAGGACGAUGACACAGCCUCUGUGACCAGUCUUAACUCCUCAGCCACGGGUCGCUGCCUCAAGAUUUACCGAACCUUUCGAGACGAGGAUGGGAAGGAGUAUGUCAGAUGUGAGACCGUGAGGAAGCCCGCUGUUAUUGACGCCUACGUACGCAUACGGACGACGAAGGACGAAGAGUUCAUUCGGAAAUUUGCCCUGUUUGAUGAGCAACAUCGGGAAGAGAUGCGGAAGGAACGCCGAAGGAUCCAGGAGCAGCUGAGGCGUCUCAAAAGAAACCAGGAAAAGGAAAAGCUCAAGGGUCCUCCUGAGAAGAAGCCCAAGAAGAUGAAGGAACGUCCUGAUCUGAAGAUUUUCUCCUGUCUCUAUCUCCGCCCCCCCCAGCUAGUCCUUAUAACCAAGAAUGGCUGUGUGUGCCCACACUUUGGAUUUCUAAAAUGUGGAGCUUGUGGUGCCAUCGGGCACAUGAGGACAAACAAGUUCUGCCCUCUGUAUUACCAAACCAAUGCUCCACCCUCCAACCCUGUCGCCAUGACAGAGGAACAGGAGGAGGAGCUAGAAAAAACUGUCAUCCCUAAUGAUAAUGAAGAGCUUAUCAAGGUGGAAGGGACCAAGAUUGUCUUGGGCAAGCAGCUGAUUGAGAGAAGGCUGCAGCAUAUUACUAAUGAUGACUCUCGAGCAAGAAGUGGCGUAAAAGAUCUCAUCCAGGAGAUAUAUGGUUGGAAAAGGAGUGCAGAUGAGGUUAGAAGGAAAUCGCUGGUUCUGAAGUUCCCUAAACAGCAACUUCCUCCCAAGAAGAAACGACGAGUUGGGACCACUGUUCAUUGUGAUUAUUUGAAUCGACCCCACAAGUCUAUCCAUCGACGCCGGACAGAUCCCAUGGUGACGUUGUCAUCUAUCCUGGAGUCCAUCAUCAAUGACAUGAGAGAUCUUCCCAAUACUUACCCUUUCCACACUCCUGUAAAUGCCAAAGUUGUGAAGGACUAUUAUAAAAUCAUCACCCGGCCCAUGGACCUGCAAACACUCCGUGAAAAUGUCCGUAAGCGCCUCUACCCAUCCCGAGAGGAAUUUCGAGAGCACUUGGAACUGAUUGUGAAAAACAGUGCAACGUACAAUGGGCCUAAGCAUUCAUUGACUCAGAUCUCUCAGUCGAUGCUGGAUCUCUGUGAUGAAAAGCUGAAAGAGAAAGAAGAUAAACUGGCCCGCUUAGAGAAGGCCAUUAACCCCUUGUUGGAUGAUGAUGACCAGGUGGCAUUCUCGUUCAUUCUGGACAAUAUCGUCACCCAGAAGAUGAUGGUGGUUCCAGACUCUUGGCCAUUUCAUCACCCAGUGAAUAAGAAGUUUGUUCCAGAUUAUUAUAAAGUGAUCAUCAACCCAAUGGAUUUGGAAACCAUCCGCAAAAACAUUUCUAAGCACAAGUAUCAGAAUCGAGAUGCCUUCCUGGAUGAUGUCAACCUUAUUCUAGCCAACAGCAUCAAGUACAAUGGUUCAGAUAGUCAGUACACCAAAACUGCUCAGGAGAUCGUGAACAUUUGUCAUCAGACUCUUUCCGAGUACGAUGAACAUCUGACUCAGCUUGAGAAAGACAUCUGUACAGCUAAGGAAGCAGCUUUGGAAGAGGCUGACUUGGAAAGUUUAGACCCAAUGACCCCAGGGCCUUAUACUCCCCAGCCUCCUGAUCUGUACGAUACGAACACGUCCCUCAGUAUGUCUCGAGAUGCCUCGGUCUACCAAGACGAAAGCAAUAUGUCUGCCAUGGACACACCAACUACUACUCCAGAGAAGAGGGGGGUACAGAUGGACCAGGGCCGAGGUAGGCUGGGCAAGGAAGACUCUGAUGUAGAUAUUGGCAGGUUUGAGGAGGAGGAUGGGAAACAUAAGACUCCAGCCCCAGAAGAAGAUGCAGAUGAAGAGGAGGGAUCUGCACAACAGCCUCAGUCUAGCGUCUUGUACGAAGAUUUGCUUAUGUCCGAUGUGGAGGACGAGGAGGAAGAUGCUGGGAGUGAUGACGAAGGAGAUAAUCCUUUUUCCUCUAUCCAGCUGAGUGAGAGUGGCAGUGAUUCUGAUAUGGAGUCUGGUGGAAUGAGGCCCAAACAGCCCCACAUGCUACAAGAGAACACAAGAAUGGGCAUGGAUAAUGAUGAGAGCAUGAUGUCCUAUGAGGGAGAUGGUGCUGAGACAUCUCACGGGAUGGAGGACAGCAACAUCAGUUAUGGGAGCUAUGAGGAGCCUGACCCCAAAUCAAAUACUCGAGAUACAAGCUUUAGCAGCAUAGGUGGAUAUGAUGUCUCAGAGGAGGAGGAGGAAGAGGAGGAGGAGGAAGAGGAGGAAGAGGAGGAGGAGGAGGAAGAGGAGGAAGAGGAGGAGGAGGAAGAAGAACAGCGUGGGGGGCCCAGUGUCCUCAGCCAAGUCCGUCUGUCUGAGGAUGAGGAUGACAGUGAGGACUGCCACUCAAUUGCUGCAGACAGUGAUUUGGACUCUGAUGAAUGAGGUUCUUUCUUAGGCCCUCUUUGGCAUUUUACCUUCCCCUGAUUAUGUAUAUAUUGUGUACAGUGUCUGACUGAGUCACGAGGUGAACACGGUUGAGUUUUUUUCUUUUUAAAUUAUUCAUAAGCAAUAAUAAAGCUUCCUUCCUGACCUUACUGGGUUGGAUGUCAUCGUCUGAUUUUCACAGAGUCCCUCUGCAUCCUGUCUCAAGCUUCCCUUCCUUCUCUGGCUUCAUUUCUUGGUUUCUCCUUGCCAGGGGGGAACAUUUAUUAAAAGGGCAGCUUGCGUUUGGCACUUUUGCCCCUUACCACAAAAGACUCAUGCUUCCUGUGCCCUCAAAUGUUCCACUUACCCCUUGCCUCAGGCCGAGGCUCCUGGCUUGGGGCGUAGAGACCCACUGCUUCGUGGCUAGCCUUUUCUUCCUUUCCUUUUGAAUCCUGAUAUCCCUUUCCCCAAAUGACUGAUCUAGACUCGCUUCACUCUUCUACAGCCCCGUCUUGAUUCAGCCCCUGAUUCUCAGCAGGACCAUCUUGGCUUUUUGUACCGAGGAGCUAUCUCACAUUCACUUCUUUCUUGCGUUUCUUCACAGCUGCAAGCUUCUGGAGCUUCGCUCGAGUCUCUUCUCCUUGUUAUCUAUCUAUCUAUCUAUCAUCUAUCACGUGUGCCUGCCCUCUGUCCAGUUCCCUUUUGUCCUGUUCUGGAUCUCGUCUCGCCCAUCGUCCAACACCUUCUCUCACGUCUCUCUCUUCCUGCCAGCUCUUUAACUCUGGCCUACAAAAACCUCUUCGCUUGACCCUGCUACCAUCUCACCUGCUUCCCUACACUCACUUCUGGGAUCCCUACCUGGCUUCUGGUUCCUUUUGGCUAAUCCAUUGCCUUGUUCUCAGACCUCUCUCUCUGCUCGAUCUCCUCUCUAGUCAGUCGUUAAUGCUCCCUUGACUUUAGUGACACGGUAUUCCGUCUUUCCCUCUUUCCCCUUUCGGAGCUCCCUAAAUCAGAGGAUGCUUUCCGAGGCUUUCGUCCUCAGACUCCUGCUCUCUGCUCUCUUCAGCAGUCUCCUGCGGCAAUCUUGUACCUUCCCAUAGUUCCCACCUGUCUUUUUUUAUUUUUAGGCUUAUGACUUCCCAUUCUGUCUGCCUGCUGCAGACCUCUGCUGAGACCCAGGCCAGCAAUUGUCACCUGAAGCUCCCAAAUGUUGCCCUACUGGGAAGGGGCCAGUAUUUCCAGCUAAACCACAGGCUGAUCUGUGGGAGGUUUUCCUUGCUCCUUGAUAGGUCUGGCCUCUGGAUCUCUGGAGUAACAGUCCAAAUUAUGCCUAGGUCUUGGCCAGAACUAUGAGAGUUUAUGCCUUUAUGCCUGGAAUGAUUGCUUUGAUACACUUUUGGCCAGAACUGAGCGAAUCUUCUCUCCUCAAACUCCAUUUCCUGUGUCAGCGAAUGGCACCAUCAUUCUGCUCACUAAAGAGCCGAACUUCUUAUCUUGGACUCUUCUCUCCUUCCUUGAUGUCUCAGCAAGUCCUUACAUUUUGUGUUAAAUUCUGCUUUCUCCAAGAAAACCGUCCCCUCUUUUUCAGCCCCGAUCGUGCCACCCUGGUCCCAGCCCUCAUCACCGGUCGGUUGCCUGGGAUGCUCUCAUGCCUUGCCUUCCUACCUUGUCUUCUGUCUCGAUUUUCCAAGCUGUCCUCUCCACAGUCGACAUUCCUUUCAUCUCCGAUGGCGUUGCUUGCUGUUGACUACCAGCAAAUUUUACACUUAGCCCAGUUCCGAAGGGCUCUUCCAGCUGGGCUCCAAUCUGCCAGUUCUCAUGCUGCUUCCCCUCAUAUGGGCCUGGAAUGCAGCCAGUUUCAAAAUACAUAUUUAACAGUAAAAGUCAUCCUGAAGUUAGGAGUAUGACUAGGAAGAUUUCACAUUUGACUAUCUUAUAUAAUUCCUGCCCCCAAAAGAUCAUCUGGCCAGCUCUAGUAGAAGCCCAGAACUGCUGUAGGCUAGGUGACCUUGUCUCUUUGUCCUGACUGGCUGCUGAGCUUGGAGUGGGCUUGAGAAGAGGGAAUCACAUCUAGACCAGCCCCUUGUAGAACAUGAAUGAUAAGGAGUCCAAAAGGGUCUCUGUGGCCCGCUCCCUGGAGGAGCAAUCUUAGAGAAUUUGAGGUCACAGUAAGCACGGAAAGCAAGCUUGACCUGCCCCAGGUUCUGCCUGGGGGAAAGGAAGGUGUGAAUUCAGAACUGAAAAGAAAUCUGAAUUUUAAAAAAGAAAAAAAGAAACCUUGUCCCUCAGUCAAGGUCUGAUUCCUAUCAAAUGUAACGAGCACUUAGCUCAGUGCCUGGUACAUAGUAGGUGCUAUAUAAAUGCUUCUUCCCUUGCUCCCCCCUCCCCCCUCCCCCCCCUGCUUUCUGCCCUCCCCAUUCAGAUGCAACCCACCCUGUGUUGUUUCUCCCUGACUGGCGGGCACACCCCGUCAGCUCUCCCCUUGUGGAUGCACUUGGCAUCUUUUCUUUUGUACUGUCGCUAUUUGUGUAUCUGUCUUUUCUCCCCUAAUGAAUUGUCAUUUCAUUGUGAGGGCCGGGUCUUAACAAAUGCUUAAUAAAAAAAUAAUAAAAUUGUUCGACUGGA